GAAAGAAACAUCAAUAUUAUCUGCCUUUGCGUGGAUUCCUUACCUUGAGGCAUCAAACCUUCACCGCGGCCCCUAUUUGUAGUCACUCAAAGUCGAAAUGAAAAAGAUGGUGAAUUCAUAAAGUCGCCGGAGAUUGAUGGCGGUCGCCUGGCAGUGGGAGAAUGCGGCGGCCGGCUCCGCCGCCGGCCUCGCAACGGUCACCUUCACUCACCCACUUGAUGUCAUCCGAACACGAUUCCAAGUUAAUGAUGGGAGAUUGUCAGCUCUGCCAACGUAUAAGAACACUCCGCACGCUCUAUUCACCAUUGCUCGCACCGAGGGUCUCAGAGGGCUAUAUGCUGGCUUUUACCCUGCUGUUCUUGGAUCAACUAUUUCAUGGGGUUUGUAUUUCUACUUCUACAACAAAGCCAAGCAGCGAUAUUUACGAAACAGAGAGGAACUUAGCCCUGUUCUUCAUCUUGCUUCAGCUGCAGAAGCUGGAGGGCUGGUCUGCCUUUGCACCAAUCCUAUUUGGCUGGUGAAAACAAGGUUGCAGCUUCAAACUCCACAGCAAGCUCGUACAUAUUCUGGUUUUCAUGGAUUUUCCCCAGCCCUUGUUCUUGUUCUUUCUUUUACUGAAUUUGUUUUUACGGGAUCUUCCAGCUUAUUCCGUGCCAGUAAAAGUAGAAGUUUUACUUUUUCUACCUUCUGUAUAUCAGAUGCUAUAAGAACCAUUCUGAAAGAAGAGGGAUGGAGGUCACUCUACAAAGGGCUCGUCCCUGGUCUUUUUUUGGUUACACAUGGCGCUAUCCAGUUUACAGCAUACGAGGAACUUCGGAAGAUGGUUGUCAAUUAUAGGACCAAGGAAAAUGGACAAAAUUCGAAUGUAGCGGAAAAUUUACUGGAUUCAUUUGAUUACGCUGUAUUAGGUGCUUCUUCAAAAUUUGUUGCCAUUCUUUUGACGUACCCUUUUCAGGUUAUUCGAGCUAGAUUGCAGCAACGUCCGAAUAUUCAAGGCAUUCCGAGAUAUGUAGACAGCUUGCACGUUCUAAAGGAGACUGCACGGUUUGAGGGCGUACGAGGAUUCUAUAAGGGUAUCACAGCAAAUGUGUUGAAAAAUGCUCCUGCUGCCUCUAUUACAUUCAUUGUGUAUGAGAAUGUGUUGAAUAUGUUGAAACUCGCUAGGAAAAAAGAUUCAUGAUGUAGUUCAUCUGGUUGUUUGGUUUCCUUUUUGAUUUGGGCUUCUAAUAUCCUUGUGGUUCAUACUCAUUUGUUUAUUUUUUUAUACUUCAAUUGGGUAAAGAUUCAAUCUUGUAAAAUUUGCCUAGGCAAC